AUGAACGUCGUGGUGUUUCUCCGCCAUGGCCUGCGCCUGUUGGUGCCCCUCUCGUUCGCUUUCACAAUCUACCUCUACCUCUUCCCCGUCAUCCAAGGAUGCGCAUUCCCCGUCGAGUCAAGAGAUAGCAAGGAGGCGUAUGACUUGACCAAGAAGUUUCACUGGCCUUCGACGCCAUCGGCAGACGACCAUGCUAAACUUGCGCCUUUUCGAUUGCUUGCGCUCGGCGACCCCCAGCUAGAAGGCGAUACAUCGAUCAUUACAAACUACUUGGGCACUUUCCCCCAUAUCAAGAGUGUUUACCAGCAUGCUACCUUUCAGACGAGUCACUGGUGUUUUCGCGAACGAGUUCGAAAGAUAAUACACGACAUUGUGGACAUAUUCAUGGAGGAUCUUCCAUACUAUCUCAUGUCGCAACGCAAGCGAUUUGACCUGUGGGGCAAUGACUUUUACCUGGCGCAUAUAUACCGUCAAGUCAACUGGUGGUCGAACCCUACACACAUAUCAGUGCUGGGCGAUCUUGUCGGCAGUCAGUGGAUUGAUGACAAGGAGUUCGACAAGCGAGGUCGACGAUACUGGAAUCGCGUGUUCAAAGGAACCGAGAGGCUCUCGGACGAUCUGGCGAAAAGCCCGAGUAGCGAUCAUCAGCUAUCGGGUGUUUUGGAUGGUAGCGAAGAAGAGAAGGUGUGGAAGAAGAGAAUGCUCAACGUGGCAGGAAACCACGACAUUGGAUAUGCUGGAGAUUUGACCGAAGAACGUCUUGAGCGCUUCGAACGAGUUUUUGGAAAGGCCAACUACGAGCUUCGCUUCGAGCUACCCAUCACAGAUCCCGAGACACGAGCUACUUUGUACUCUGACACCAACCCCGAUUCGGAGCGAGUGAUCCCUCAGCUUCGCAUCGUCACUGUCAACGAUAUGAACCUCGAUACACCUGCCAAGUCGCUUCCUCUUCAGGAUGCCACCUACAGCUUCAUCAACGAUGUGAUUUCGUCUUCGGGCGCUGUUCAGUACAAGGGGCACUUUACCCUGAUUCUUACACAUAUCCCCAUGUACAAGCCUGCGGGUAUCUGUGUCGAUGAACCAUUUUUCGACUUCCACACUACAGCAGACGGCGGAGGUCUGAAGGAGCAGAACCAGCUGAGCGCUGAUGCCACUCGGGGUUUCCUGGAGGGUAUUUGGGGCAUGAGCGCAAAGAGCACCGCCCCUGGUGGUGGCUACGGACGCGCCGGUCUGAUGCUCAACGGUCAUGACCACGCCGGUUGUGACACGUACCACUACAUCAACCAAACGAACGGUACAGACCCCUCACAGCGCCAGUGGCAGGUCUCCACCUGGUCAGAAGCGCAGGACCAGAAGAUCCCCGGAAGCGAGGGCAUCCCCGGCCGACGCGAGAUCACGGUGCGCAGCAUGAUGGGCGACUUUGGCGGAAAUGCCGGUCUGCUGAGUCUGUGGUUCGACACGGAGUCGUGGGAGUGGAAGUAUGAGUACGCCACGUGCCCACUGGGCAACCAGGUCUUCUGGUGGUUUGUCCACAUCUGGGACGUCUGCGUCCUGGUGUGGCUCCAGCUGUACGCCGCGCUCUCAGUGCUCGAGGCCUACGGUGUCGAUGUCGACAGUCGGUUCUACAGCGGCGUGGCAAGGACCAAGGACUUUGUUCUACGAAGACGUCGGAAACAACCUGCCCGGAAGGAGUAG